UCUCAAACUGAAGGCUCUUUCUAAAGGAAACUUCGACUUAAUGAUCAAGUUUUCUUUCAUUUUUAGAAAUAAAACAUGUUGAUGUAUGAUUUGUAAUCAUUCAUUCAUAAACAGAUUAUAGUUUGAUCAUCAUUGGAACAUGAAAAUGGAAUUACUUUUGAGUAAUAAAACUUAUAAAAACAAUCUCUAACCUUGAAAUGAAUCACGAGGCAAAGGGAAAGAAGAGGAAGAAACAAGACAACAAAAAACAAAAUCGAAAGGAAACACACAAGAAAACAAGCUGUCUCUGGGAUAAAGUGGAGGCAUAGGGGGCAUAGACACGAGCUACAACACACAAGAAAAGUUAAGUAAAAUUUUCCUUUGUGUAAUGUUUUGUAUCCAUUACCGAUACAAAGAAAGACAUUGAAAAUAACACCCAUCUCCUCGAAGAGAAACCACCCAAAACAACCGAUCCCUUCCUUGUUCCUCUACCACCGAACACCCACCACCUUUCCCCCACGUUUUACCUCCCUCUAGCUUACGCCCCACCUCCAACCUCUUAUCCUGCGCACCCCAUUUGGCCCCGAUCUCAUAUAAUUCCAAUCAAUCAUCACAUCAUUCUUGGAUUCCUCGGUUUUUAGGACUGGGGAAUUUAGGGUCUUAAAUGAAAGCCGUCACUUUUUUGCUUAAAAGCUCAUAUCACGUCGUCAGAUUGUAAAGGUUUUGGAAUUGUACAGCAGUGUAGGAUUUUGGGUUUUGGGUGUUUUUGUUACAAGAGAUGUCUGAUGCUCCAGGGAUUGAUGAAUCUGCUCUCGCUCUGCUUUAAGCCAUUUGGGCAUGACGGGGAAAAUCACGAGACAAACGGCAUUCUUGGCGGCGGUAGUCGUGGCGGCUCAAGAGAAGGUAAAGACGGGUUGUUUUGGUUUCGGGAUAUAGGGAAAUAUGGUUCCGGGGACUUUUCGAUGACCGUGGUCCAAGCAAACCAGGUGCUUGAGGAUCAGAGCCAGAUCGAGUCCGGCCAAUUCGGCACUUUUGUUGGGAUCUAUGAUGGACACGGCGGGCCCGAAGCUGCCCGUUACGUUUGCGAUCACUUGUUCAAGCACUUUCGAGCAAUAACAGCCGAGUCACAGGGAGUUGUGACUGCUGAGACCAUUGAAAGAGCUUUUCGACAAACAGAAGAAGGGUUCACUGCCCUUGUGUCAGAGUUAUGGAGUACUCAACCCAAUAUGGCAACAGUUGGGACAUGCUGUCUGGUUGGAGUAAUAUAUCAGCAAACACUUUUUAUUGCAAAUCUUGGUGAUUCGCGCGCUGUUCUGGGCAAGAAAGUUGGCAACACAGGAGGAAUAGCUGCUAUGCAGUUGUCAACAGAACAUAAUGCAAAUAUUGAGGCUAUCAGGCAUGAACUUAAGGAAUUACACCCAAAUGAUCCACAAAUCGUUGUCCUCAAGCAUGGAGUUUGGAAAGUAAAAGGCAUCAUUCAGGUUUCUAGAUCUAUAGGUGACGUUUAUAUGAAACAUGAGCGAUAUAACAAGGAACCAAUUAACAGAAAAUUCAGACUUCCUGAACCAAUGAACAUGCCUAUAUUGAGUGCCAAUCCAACUAUUAUUUCUCUGACUUUCCACCCAAAUGAUUCUUUCCUUAUAUUUGCAUCUGAUGGUCUAUGGGAACACUUGAGUAACGAAAAAGCUGUGGAUAUUGUCCACAGUCAUCCACGUGCAGGGAGUGCCAAAAGACUUGUCGAGGCUGCCCUACAAGAAGCAGCCAGAAAACGAGAAAUGAGAUAUUCGGAUCUUCAGAAGAUUGACAAGAAGGUUCGACGCCAUUUUCACGAUGAUAUAACUGUUAUUGUGUUGUUCUUUAAUCAUGAUCUUAUUUCCAGAGGUGCUGUCCAAGACCCUCCAGUAUCCAAUCGAAGUGCACUAGAACAUAGAUAAGUCAUAAACCAAAUAGAUUUCUGCUCUAAAAGGAGACAUUUCAUGAUGCACUGAGGAGCUGUCCACCAAUGGAGUUGAUGCACUGCUCAGAUACUGAUACAGGGAGCACUUGUUUUAAAAGGAUUCCAAUUUGUAAAAUGUUAAGAGUGUAACCAACAGUUAAUGCAAAUUCUAUGUAAUUCCUCGGUAUAAUCUUAAUUCAAUGCAUGUUGUCUUUGCCUUAAGCAUAAAUUGGCUUUCAAUGAUCAAGUGAGUCAAGCUCAGUGACGACAAUAUAGUACUUCCUACGUCAAAAGUCAAAACAUGCCAUGCUACUUAUUUGGUUGCAACGUGCAAAUUGCAAGCAAAGAUGUCGAGAUUUGCUGCAAUAUUCUGCACAACUUGUGAACAUCACUCGCAUCUGUUUCAUUAUUUUACAAGGUUAAACAGGUCAACUGUCUGCAGGUCAACAUGAUUUUUGAUGAAACACGUUUGGAUUAACAUAUCUUGUCUAAAUCCAAAUACUGAAGAUAUCUUAUAUAAUAAUUAGCUUUCAACAUAUGAAUGAAUGU